CUUCCCUUUGAUCAUUCUCAAAAUGUUCUUGGGAUCAGUCAGUUGCCAAAAUUAACCAAAUUUGAAAGGAAAUGAAUGACUGAACAGGUGCUUCUUGUAGGACUCUUCAGUGAAAAUGGCAACUAGAGGAAGGGGCAAAAAGAGUUCCAUUUGACAUGAAAGCUGGAUUUCGUAAUCAGCAAGCGAAUGAGUCACGCGAUGGUGUUCAUGCCCAACUUUUGAAACAGGCGCGGCAAAGUGGACAGCUCAAUCUCUCAGGCAGAGGCCUUGAAACAGUCCCAGACAAAGUUUGGAGACUGAACCUGGAUGUUCCAGAGGAAGCUAAGAAUGUGUCUCUGGACAACUCGGAGGACCGAUGGUGGGAGCAGGUGGACCUCACCAAGCUCCUCCUGGUAUCCAAUACCUGGCCGGGACUCUCGGAGGACAUCAUCAACUUCCCUGCUCUCACUGUGCUUGAUGUGCAUGACAACAAAUUGGAGUCUUUACCACAGGCUUUGGGACAACUGGAGUGCCUCACCAAGCUAGACGUCAGUCGUAACAAGCUGAAGACUCUGCCGCUGUGCGUGUGUCAGUUGAAGAGUCUGGUCAGCUUCCACAUAGAGCACAACGAAGUCACAGAGCUUUGUGAUGAAAUCAAAUAUCUACACAAACUAGAGGAUUUGGAUGUGUCCAACAAUCAGCUGACAUCACUGCCGCAUUCAAUCGGCCAUCUUAGUCAUCUUCUUCGUCUGAAUGUGUCACACAACAAGUUGACAAACCUCCCCCCAGAUAUCGGCUGUAUGGAUGGGCUGAAGUAUUUUGAAGCCACACACAAUCAGCUGGUUCGCCUCCCAGAUGAAUUCGGGAACCUGCGUCACCUGGAACAGCUGUAUCUCCGUCACAACAAGCUUCCUUACCUCCCUGUGCUGGAGAACUGUGUCGACCUCAAGGAGUUGCAUUUGGGGAACAAUGACAUCAAGGGUUUGACAGCUGAACAUCUACAGCAUCUGACAGCCAUCACCAUUCUUGACCUCCGAGACAACAAGAUUGCAGUGCUACCUGAUGAGAUCACACUACUCCAGGGCCUGCAGAGGCUUGACCUGACAAAUAAUGACUUGAGUGGUCUUCCCUAUGGUCUGGGGACGAUCAACCCACUGAAGUCAAUUGUUCUGGAUGGCAACCCAAUGAGGAUCCGGCGAGACAUCAUCAUGAGGGGCACAAUGCAGUUGAAGAAGUACCUGAGUAGUCGUAUUGAGGAGGCGGAGCCGGUGAAGCAGAACGGCAGUUCCGGUCUGUCAACAGGGGGCGCUGGAGUGAUGGGGGCAGGGGAUGAUGGCGUCAAGGCGCAUGAUCUGCAGCAGUUUAAGAAUCUUGACUACAGCAACAAGAAAGUGAACGAGGUACCACUAGAUGUGUGGGAAGCUGCUUCCAAGGCUGAAGUGAACUCAGUGAACCUGAGCAAGAAUACGUUCACCCAGAUACCCGACAAACUCAUGCUGUUGUCCAACUCCCUCAAGGAACUCUCCAUGGGCUUCAACAAACUGACUGUCCUUCACUCGGAUAUCAGCCUGUUUCUCAAGCUGACAACCCUUGACCUCAGGUGCAAUGCCCUGUCAGAUUUGCCAGGAGAAAUGACAUCAUUACAGAAUAUAAGGGAGAUAACUCUGUCGAAUAACAGAUUUACCCUCAUUCCUCCAGUGUUGUAUGAGCUACCAAAGUUAGAGAUAUUGUUCGUCAGUGACAACAAGAUUGAAACGAUUGAUGCUGCUGGUCUUAUGAAACUGACUUCACUGGCAACUCUUGAUCUUCAGAACAACAAUUGUACCCAGUUUCCUCCUGAGCUGGGCAACUGUGUGUCAAUCAAAUCACUGCAGCUAGCAGGUAACCCAUGUCGCAAUCCACGACCAGCAAUACUUGCCAAAGGCACACCAGCUGUCAUGGAAUACCUUCGCAGUAGGAUUGUCGCAUGAGUUAUCUCCCUUUUACAACAGGCAACUAUAUGGAAUGACAGGUAUAAGAUGUGUUAUUCCUUCUUUCAAUGCAAUAUAAAACACAUGAGAAAAAGGGACAAGAUUCUUUGGCAGUCCUUUAAUUUAAAAUGAAGUUUGUUAUUCUGGAAAUUCUACUUAUUGAUUAUAUCACCAAUGAAAUGUACAAGGGUCAUUUGUUUACACAGUAAGACAUUGAAUUGAGUGUGUUUAUUUUGAUUGGGGCCAUAGUGAUUGUAUGUUUUCACCAGCUAUACUUUUGUUCAUGGUAAGUUUUUUCUAGAUGUGCCAUCACCACCUUCAUUGGCCGAUAAUGCCUUAUUUUGUAUUGUGACUAUAGUCAUUACGUUUAUGUCUGUAAGUAAAGAAUAUGCCAUGUAAAUUAUGCAAAUGAUUGACCUGAUUUAGUUCCUGUGAUAUUGAACAGUGCUACCAGAUGUUAUGUUCAGCCAUAUGCUGUUGGUGUUGGUGUUGAUAAGAGUGUGACAAGAGGUAAUGUUGAACACAUUCAUGCUUUACCAUAUAUCUUUCAAACUGCCAGAAGUAAUUUGUGUGUUAAAAUCAGAAAUUAGUCAAAGCUAUAUCUUGAUAUUUAAAGUUGACACUGUUAAUGAUGUCCCACAUAUUGAAAUAUGGGGGAAGUUUUAUGAUGCUCUGUGAGUUUGGAUUUUAAUCAUGAGCAACUCUAGUAAAAAUGGUUUUCUGUGAUGAAAUUAUAUUGCAAGAAACAUAUGUUCAUAACAAUAAUCUUGAUCAAGCCUUUUAUUACCCUAUGUACCUAUAAAACUGUAGUUUGUCUCAUUAAUCUAGUUGCUCAAAUGCUAUAUUGAUGUUAAGGGUAUUCUCUAUCAUUAUUGGCUGGUGCUUGAUUGCUGUUUGGGCAGAGUUCCAUAAAUGUUUAGUGCUGUUUAUUUUGCCAAAAUUUAAAUGUCUCUUGAUAUAUUUCUGAUAUUUUUUCACCAUGGUGUUAGUGAAGUCUGCUCAGUUAUGGCAUUAUCUAGGGAUGCUACUUCAAAUAUAUUUUCACAUUUCUAAUGUACCAUCAGGAAUAAACCUGUUACUUACC